AUGGGGAGGGAGGCGCCCUCGCCGCCGCCGGCGCGCGACGCCGGCUCCUCGUCGGGGCAGAAAAGGAAGGCGUUCACCAUGGUGGACCAGGACGGCGGCAGCGAGGACACAUGGCUGAAGCUGUCGCUCGGUCCGGUCAUCUACACCGACGCAACGAACGUCGACGACUCUCCGGUAACGACGACGUUCCCCAAAGAGCUGCCGCCGCCGCCGGCGGCGGUGGGUCCUCCAAUUUUCAUGGCCUCGGCGACCACCAGCUUGAUCGACCAUGGCAAGGAAGCUGCUCGCAUGGCGACCGACGCUCUCUUCAACGGCGAUGCAACAGGCUCGUCGUCGUUGCAUCUCCAACGCCAUCACGAAUCCUCCUCAGCGCGUCAUCCCACCCAACGUCGCAGCACGGCGUCCACCACAAGCUCCACCAGCGGCAGCGCAGGCGACGUACCGGCCAUCACCGGCGACGGUAUAAACGGCGGUAGCGACGACAACAAUGGUGCAGCUGGCAUGGUAAACAACGAUAGAGUGCUCGUGAAUAAUCCACCUUAUCCGUGGGCUACCAACAGAGUGGCCGUACACCACUCUCUCGUCGAGCUGUCUCGCCGUGGCAUCUUCACCAUCAAAGGUGAGGCUCGGUGCAGGCGCUGCGACGUACGCAAGGAGUUCGUUUACGAUAUUGAGGCCAAGUUUCGAGAGUUGGAAGAUUAUCUCCGCCGAAACUGCAUGAGCAUGAAUGACCGUGCAUCAGAGAGGUGGAAGAACCCCAUCGUACCCAACUGCGACGGCUGCGGCCAACAGAACUGCAUGCGUCCGGUGAUCGCCGCUGAGAAGGAGCGCAUCAACUGGUUGUUCCUGCUGCUUGGAGAGACGUUGGGUUUGUGCACGCUUGAUCAACUCAAGUUUUUCUGUGCGCACACCAAUCAACAUCGCACGGGCGCCAAGGAUAGAGUGUUAUAUUCUACUUAUCUAGAAUUGUGUAACCAACUUGUCCCGGGGAUAAUCAAGCCUUUUGAGAAAAAAGCAGGGCAUAAUCAGUUGAGGAUUCGUUAG